UGAGAUCCCCUAUGUCGGAAGCUUUUCAUAUUUAUACACAAGCUUCAAAAUCAAAAUCAAAAUCUUAUUUAAUUGUCAAAUACUAUAUUUUUUAAUUAAAUAAAUACAAAAGUCUUUUUGUCUCUUGUUCUGUUGAUACGUAUACGUUCGCAAUGAACUGCAUGCAUCGUUCGCGGUUUUUAAUAAAGUCUUUGUUAAGCAGAGCACGAACCAUUACACGGCUCGGAUCAACUCUCUCUCAGCCGCAACGUCCACCGUCUCUCUCCUCCCCCGUCAUGAGUAGACUUGAAACUCACACAACAAGACUCUGCAUCGUCGGCAGUGGUCCGGCGGCUCACACGGCGGCUAUCUACGCAGCUAGAGCUGAACUUAAGCCUCUUCUAUUUGAAGGAUGGAUGGCUAACGACAUAGCUCCCGGCGGUCAACUAACAACCACCACCGACGUUGAGAACUUCCCUGGCUUUCCAGAAGGUAUUCUCGGAGCAGAGCUCACGGAAAAGUUCAGGAAGCAGUCGGAGAGAUUCGGUACGACUAUCUUCACGGAGACGGUGACUAAAGUCGACUUCACGUCGAAGCCGUUUAAGCUGUUUACAGACUCCAGAGCCGUUCUCGCCGACGCUGUGAUUCUCGCUACGGGAGCUGUGGCCAAGCGGCUUAGCUUCCCUGGCUCUGGUGAAGGCUCAGGAGGUUUCUGGAACCGUGGAAUCUCGGCGUGUGCUGUCUGCGACGGAGCUGCUCCGAUAUUCCGUGGCAAACCUCUGGCUGUUAUCGGGGGAGGCGACUCGGCGAUGGAAGAGGCCAACUUCCUCACUAAGUAUGGCUCCAACGUGUAUAUAAUCCAUAGGAGAGACGCUUUUAGAGCCUCUAAGAUUAUGCAGCAGAGAGCUCUGGCUAAUCCUAAGAUCGACGUGAUUUGGAACUCGACGGUUGUGGAGGCUUACGGUGACGGGGAGAGAGGCGUUCUUGGAGGGUUGAAGGUGAAGAAUGUGGUUAGUGGAGAGGUUUUGGAUUUGAAAGUUUCUGGAUUGUUCUUUGCGAUUGGUCAUGAGCCAGCAACGAAGUUUCUUGAUGGUGCGGUUAAGCUUGACUCAGAUGGCUAUGUGGUGACGAAGCCCGGUUCUACACAGACUAGUGUUGCCGGAGUUUUUGCCGCCGGGGAUGUCCAGGACAAGAAGUACAGGCAGGCGGUAACAGCUGCGGGGACUGGAUGCAUGGCAGCUUUGGAUGCGGAGCAUUACUUACAAGAGAUUGGAUCUCAGCAAGGUCUCUCUCGACGAAAGGCGAUUCGCCGUCUCCAUCGAUUGAUCUUGUCGUCUCCGUCGGUGUACUUAAUCGGUGACGCCUCUUUCUCUGUCUCGCUCUCCCUCGGUGGUUCUCUGUCUCGGUGGUUCUCUAUCUCGGUAGUUCUCUCUCUCUCUCGGUGGUUCUCGGCUUCUCUCUCUCUCGGUGGGUGUCCUCGAGGCGACGAAGCUCUCCUUCGGUGGCUCAGAUCGGAGACGUCUCCUUCGGUGUCUCUUAUCGGCGACGGAGCUCUCCUUCUGAGGCUCUAAUCGGUGACGUCUUAAUUGAAAGGAGUACGAAGAGGAGUACAUUUGGUGGUAGGCCGAGAAGCAAGAGGAGUACAUUUGGUGGAGCAAAACAGGGUGGAGGAUAAAGCUGAAGAUCGAGUAAAGGUUCAAUGGUUCAGAGGAUCAACUUAAACACACUGCACAAAUUAGGGCUUUACUUCCUGGUACACUUGAAUGUAUUAAAUGUAAUUGUUCACAAGUCUCUGAAAUCAAAUGAACUCCACUCGUGACAGUAGUGACAGUAAAACAAGUCUCUGAAACCUUUUAUUUAGGAUGCAAGCAGCAAGCUUCCAGCAACAUGCCAAACGUGAGUCUCUAAUCUCUCAGUAAAAGCAGUAGUGGUUAGAGUAAUUUGUUCAGCUUAAAAGAUCUAAAUUUAAUGUGCUUUCUUUAGUGCAACUCGUGUGUAUUCUCCAAUACACUACAAGAGAUUUGCCAUGAUGAGGCCGGUAAAAAGUUAAGAUAGAAUAGUUAAAAGGGAUAUGUAUAAUGUGAACACUGAAAAUAAGUAGGAAAAAGGUUAGCGAAAACUAAGUCAUUUGAGGGAUGAAGGCGAAUCUUUAGACUAUGUAUCACGUUAUUGACUAUGACAAAAGAUAGUUAGGAGGAAAGUAUCUAUAUAUGUUAAAAAUAUAAAUACACUUAUUUUCUAAUGUACUUUAAACCUCGGACCAUCCUCUCUAUCUAAAUUUUACUUUAUUCUACAGAGAUUUUUAGUUGAUUGGAUGUAUAUAUUCGUGAAUUCAUCUCCAUCUAAGAAGAAAAUAUUCGUGAAAGCAAACCUCCACUUACCACUAUACAUAUUAUACGCUAAUAAGUAAAAACCAAAUGACUAUCAAAGAAAGUGAAAAAUAAAAGUUGGAAAUAUUUUAUAGUACUUUACGUACUAUAAAUACUUCUUUGAGAAUAUUUAUCAAAGAAAUUACGUUCUGUCAUAGACAAGAAAAUACAUAAAAAGUUGGAUAACAUUGAGUUAUUUGUAGAAGACAAAGAACAUUAAAAAGCAAAGUUAAAUGAUGAAAAAAAGUGUUUUAUAAUUUUCAUUUUGGAGAAAAGGAAAGAGAAAAAGAUAAGGCACAAGAUUCCAUUAAGUGAAACUGAAAGGUUGGAUAAUAUUGGGGCUUGUCAUGCGUUUCUAGUGUCAUGAGUUGGGUGGUACGUUUAUCGUUUCGUUUCAAAUAUUCCUCUUUCAUCUCCACCUUUAUCACUUUAGUUUUAUUCCAGCAUAUAUAUAUACAAUGAUGUUAGUCUGGCUGCAUUUGAUCGUCUGCAACUGGGUUAAACCCAAGAUACAAAUAAUAAAAAUGGAUGAAGGUAUGUGGAACCUAUAAUCCACGAUUACAAAUUAAUGUGUGUGUUUUAACUUGUCGAUAUCAACGUGUGAAAUUAGUUAGAUUCCCACACAAGUAACCAUUUAAAAAAAAGUGUGAAUAUAACUAUCUGUAUCUAUAGAAGCAAUCUCAAUGGUAGUUUUUACCAUGUCAUGUAAUUCUCAAAUUACAUUUUAAUGUCUAUAUAUAUAAUUAUUUAACUAAGAGUAGUUUAAAAUUUUUGGAAACUCAACCAAUGAUAUGUCAAAUUAGAAUUGACGUUGCAGUAGCUAUGCAUGAUGGUGAAUGGGAUGUUGUGUCAUGUGUGUGCCGUCAACUUUAUGUUUGUUCCACAGGGAGUAGUUAGCAGAUAUUUUCAGAUAUUUUGUUAAAUCAACAAAUGCUUUGUGCAUUAAUUUAUCCUCAUCAACUCGCAAUCUUGCGAUCACAAAAUGACCAAAAAUUUCUAUAAACUCGUCAAUAAUAAGUACGUCAAUCCACAAAUAGAAAAGCUUCUAUAAGCGUGAAAGAACCUAACACAUUAAUUUCAACUCGUUUAAGUUUUUUUUGUCAACUUCCUAAUUUGUGUUUUUAUGUUGAUAUUUUGAGAUAUUUUGUUAGAUAUUUUGAGAAAAUAUUGUCCGGUACGCACAAUUCUGUGGGAUUGUAUGAUGGAAGUUUAUUUCAACUUUGAAAAUAAAUAAUAUUCCCUCCAUUCUAAAAUACUUGAAGUUUUAGAGUAUUGCAUAACAAAUAAGAAAAUUGUCUUUUAUCUAAAAAUAUGAUUAAAAUAUAAUUUAAAAUUAUUUAAGUAAUUACAAAUCAUAUUAUAAAAUAUUAUUGGUUACACAACUUUUGAUAAAACUAAAAGUUAUAUUGAAAUAUGAAAACAUCAUCUAUUUGAAACAUCAAAAUCUUCCUUAAACAUCAUCUAUCUAGAAACAGAGGGAAUAAAUACAUUUGUGACAUGUUAUGUGAUCAAUUUGUAUAAUUGUUCUAUACUUCCUUCACGUUAUAGAAUCAAAUACCGCAAGUCUGUAACUUUGUAUAUAUAAUAUGGUCACUGAAAGAAAACCAACUUGUAUUUUAGCAAAAGAAAAAACCGACUUGUAAAUUUAGCAAAAAAAAAACCUUUUAAAUUUCUCUGCUCAUUCGAAUUGACUGAGAGAGUGUCAUCCUUAUUUACAAUUACAGGGAAAGGAGAUGAGACCAUACAUCUUUCUUUGACUCAUAACUAAAAUAAGGAAGAUUUUUAAAUUUACUCACACAUUUAUUUAUUUUAGUUUAUUCUUUGUAACUAUUUAACUAUUACAAUCAGUACUGUCUACACACUAAAUUUACUUACACUAAAUUGGACUUAACUUUUUUUCGCUAAAAUAAUUGGACUUAACUUUGGCUAACCAUCAAACAAAAUAAUUGCUAACUCCUCUCUUUCAUAAUAUAAGUAGUUUUAGCACACAAAAAAGUUUCACAAUAUAAAUAGUUUUAAUAUUUUAAUGUAACAUUUAUAUUUUAUAUGUAUUGAAUAUUGAGUGACUAAUUAAAUUAUGUAGAUUUUUUAUAAUUAGUGGAAGUUAUAUAUUAAAUAAUAUUUUUAGCAAGCAACCAAUUUUUUUAGAUAUUAGUGUUUUAAAUAAAACUAACUACAAUUUGAACAUUUCAAGGAAAAAAACUACAAUUUGAAACAUAGGAAAGUAGUAAUUUAUUACUUGUGCAGUUACUUUUUCAUAAAGAUUGAAUCACUUUAUUAACAAAGAUUAAUUUGUAGUUAGUCAUCUGUCGGAAAAAGAUAAACGACCAAUCACUUGCUAGAUACUUUGCCAAACAUUACACGGAAAUUAAGGGAAUAGUACAUACUUACUUUUCAGUUCCAAAUAUCUUUUUGAGUCUUUAUUCUUUUUUGGGCUCUGUGCUCACACGGAUUCACACGACCAACUCUUUUGUCAGUGCUCGUGUUGUCCAAAUCAAUUAAAUCAUUUCUUUAAAAUUAAUUUUAUGCAAAUUGUGAGUUUCUGGGAAAGAAAUUAACAUGUCGUACUUGUAAAUAUGAAUCUAACUGGUUCAGAUUCAGAACAUCGUUACAGUCUUACAGAGGAUAAAAAUCGAAGUAACUAAAAGACCUCUCUAGUUAAUUAAUACUUUACUUCUCUUUAAUUAUUGACCGAUUAUUUUUCACAAAUUAUAAAAUAAAGAAAGUAAAAAAAAAAAAAAAUUACGGAAGAAAA